AUGCCAGACGAGAACACGCCUCUCAUCCAAACCGUUCGGGUGGGCCCUCCCCGGAGGAGGUAUCCUCACCAGACCUGGCGUCGAUUCUUCACUCUGAUUUGCUCCGUGAUUCUCUUCGGCGGUUUUGGCUUAUUCGUGUUACAAACCUUUUUCAUUGGGCCUCGUCAUCAUCAUGGCCACCCUGGCUCUUGGUUACCCGGCAAGAGCCGUCUAAGCUAUGAGGAACUCGAGCGUAUCCUCUUAGAUACGCCGGACCCCAAGAAGGCUGAGGAAUGGAGCCGUUACUAUACAUCCGGUCCCCAUCUGGCCGGCGCCAACUACUCACAGGCCGAAUGGACCAGGGAUCGAUGGGAAAAUUUCGGUGUCAAGUCUGAGAUCGUGGCUUAUGACGCCUACCUCAACUACCCCGUCGAUUCUAGCGUUUCGAUUCUGAAGAAAUCGAAGAACGGAAAAGACUGGGAUACCACUUUCAAGGCCUCUCUCGAGGAAGAUGUUAUUGACCAAGAUCCCACAACGUCCCUCGAAAACCGCGUGCCCAUCUUUCACGGCUACUCGGCGAGUGGAAAUGUCACUGCUUCCUUCGUCUACGUCAAUUAUGGUACUUAUCAAGACUAUCAAGAUCUUGUUGAUGCCAAAAUUGAUAUCAAGGGCAAGAUUGCUAUUGCUCGGUAUGGAGGAAUCUUUCGAGGCCUCAAAGUCAAACGUGCACAAGAACUCGGUUUCGUUGGCAUUCUGAUCUACAGUGACCCUGGUGAUGAUGGAGAAAGGACCGAGGAGAAGGGGUACAAGCCUUACCCUGAAGGGCCUGCACGUAACCCCAGUUCUGUUCAGCGCGGAAGCGUAGAGUUUCUGAGCAUUCGCCCUGGCGAUCCAUCUACCCCUGGAUAUCCUUCCAAGCCUGGUGUUCCCCGAGCACCAGUCGAUGAUGCAACCCCUUCUAUCCCCUCCAUUCCUAUAUCAUACCGUGAUGCCCUCCCGAUUCUCAAAGCCCUCAAUGGUCACGGUCCAAAAUCCACCCACUUUAACAAGUACUGGAACAGGAAUCUCGGCCUCAAGUACAAGGGCAUCAAAUACAAUAUCGGUCCCACUCCGGAUGAUGUUGUUAUCAAUCUUUACAACGAACAGAAAUAUGUCACUACCCCUCUGUGGGACGUUAUCGGCGUCGUCAAUGGUACUAUUCCCAAUGAAGUUAUCGUUGUUGGAAACCACCGAGACGCCUGGAUUGCUGGCGGGGCUGGCGAUCCUAACAGUGGCUCUGCAGUCAUCAACGAGGUCAUUCGAGGAGUUGGAAAGGCCGUCGAGGCUGGCUGGAAGCCUCUCCGAACCAUUGUCUUCGCGAGCUGGGAUGGUGAGGAAUACUCACUCAUCGGCAGUACCGAAUGGGUUGAGGAAUAUCUCCCAUGGCUCACAGAAGCAAAUAUCGCCUACGUCAAUGUCGACGUCGGCGUCGGCGGUCCCGAGUUUACUGCUUCUGCAGCUCCUCUCCUCAAUCAGAUCGUCCGCGACGUCACAAGCGCUGUCCCUUCGCCCAAUCAGACUAUCCCUGGUCAGACAGUCAAUGACCUCUGGUCGGGCAGGAUCGCUACCAUGGGCAGUGGCAGUGAUUUCACCGCGUUCCAAGAUCAUGCUGGUAUUCCCUGUAUUGACUUUGGUUUCAAGGAGAGAGGUAACAGUGCUGUGUAUCACUACCACAGCAACUAUGACAGCUUCUACUGGAUGAAGGAGUACGGUGACGUUGGAUUUAAGUACCACAGGACUAUGGCUCAGAUCCUUGGUCUGACCAUUGCCAAACUUGCUGGGACCGUGAUUAUUCCAUUCAGUGCUACCGAGUACGCUGAUGCAUUGGGGGGCUAUCUUGACCAGGUCGAGGCUAAGUUGGAGCCUACCAAGGACGCUCUUACUGAGCAGGAUAUCUUCAAUAUCCGUGGUGCUGUCUCAUCAGGCAAGCCGAUUGGUAACGAGGACGAUUUCAAGACGAGCCUCAAGGAUAUUCGUGACCUCCUUGAACACUUCCACCUGAAGGCUAGCGAGCUCGACGCUGAAGCUGAAAUCGCCAAACAUCAGCUUGAGCAAGGCAUCCCGUGGUGGAACCUUGUUGAAAAGAUUCGGCUCGGCUAUACCAUCGCCAGGGUCAACAGGAGAUAUAAGUUGCUCGAAAGGAGCUUCCUCUACGAAGGAGGCUUGGAUGGUCGAGACUGGUUUAAGCAUGUUGUGUUUGCGCCCGGUAUCUGGACCGGUUAUUCUGGAGCUGUUUUCCCUGGUUGGGUUGAGAGCAUCGACGCCAAGGACUACAUCAACGGUCUCAAGUGGUCAGCCAUUAUUGGACGCUCCAUUAACAAUGCCAUUGACAGCCUUUCGGAUUAG